AUGACGCUCACCAAGCGGGACUCACACAGCGGUCCCGUCGCUGCCGACAACAAGGCCGACCACCACUUGCGCAUGUCUCACGAGAAUGAUUCGGCCGACCAGGUCCUCGAAAACCUGGGCUACAAGCCAGAGUUGUCUCGAAACCGAUCGACCUUCCAGGUCGCCUUCAUGUCGUUUGUCUUGGCCUCAAUUCCUUACGGUCUCGCAACUACUCUGGUCUACCCCCUGGCUGGUGGUGGCCCCGUCGACAUUAUCUGGGGCUGGGUCGCUGUCUCUGCCAUCAUCGCCUGCGUCGCCGCCUCUCUGGGAGAAAUCACCAGUGUUUACCCAACUGCUGGAGGUGUCUACUACCAAGCCUUUAUGCUCGCGCCCGCCAACUGGCGCAGAGUCGCUUCUUGGGUCUGCGGCUGGGCGUACCUCGUUGGCAACGUCACCAUCACCUUGGCUGUCAACUUCGGCACCACCUUGUUCUUCGUCUCCUGCGUCAACGUCUUCGCAAUCGACGAUGAUCACCCAGUUCUGGAGGGUAAGCCUUACCAGGUUUUCCUCAUCUUUGUUGGCAUCACUCUGCUGUGCAAUGCCGUGUCUGCUCUCGGAAACAAGUGGCUCCCCUGGAUCGACACCGCUGCCAUCUUCUGGACCUUUGCUGGUGUUAUCGCCAUCCUAGUUUGCGUACUCGCCAUCGCUAAGAACGGCCGGCAUGAUGCCAAAUGGGUCUUCACCUACUUUGAGAACAACUCGGGAUGGCCCGAUGGCUGGUCAUUCAUGGUUGGUUUGCUACACGCAGGCUAUGCCACGUCUUCAACCGGAAUGAUUAUCUCCAUGUGUGAAGAAGUACAGCACCCGGCUACUCAGGUUCCCAAGGCUAUGGUUGCCACUAUCGGAAUCAACACUAUCGCCGGCCUCCUCUUCCUCAUCCCGCUCGUCUUCGUUCUCCCCGAACUUUCUAUGCUCGCCAGUCUCGCUUCCGGUCAGCCCGUGCCUCCCAUUAUCAAGUCUGCCAUUGGCAGCUCUGGUGGUGCAUUCGGUCUCUUGAUUCCCCUCAUGGUCCUUGCCAUCAUCUGCGGUAUCGGUUGCACCACGGCCUCAUCUCGCUGCGCCUGGGCUUUCUCUCGUGACGGUGCCGUUCCCGGAUCUAAAAUCUGGAUGAAGGUCAAUCACUCUCUCGACGUCCCUCUCAAUGCCAUGAUGCUCUGCAUGGUUGUCGAGAUUUUGCUGGGUCUUAUUUACUUUGGUUCUUCGGCCGCCUUCAAUGCCUUUUCAGGUGUGGGUGUCAUUUCUCUCACCUUUUCAUACGCCUGCCCAAUUGCCAUCAGCGUCUUGAAUCGCCGCAAAGCCGUCCAGAAUGCCAAAUUCUCGCUGGGCAAAUUUGGAUAUGCCCUCAACUUUGUUGCCAUUGCUUGGUCUUGCCUUGCGCUUCCACUUUUCUGCAUGCCCACGUUUGUCCCUGUUACGCCCACGACGGUCAACUAUGCCCCGGUCGUGUUCGUUGCCGCCACUGGUAUUUCAGGUAUUUGGUACUGGGUCUGGGGUCACAAGAACUACGCCGGUCCCCCUGUGCAUGGCGAGUAA